AUGAAACAUUCGAAUUACGAUCUCGCUCUGCAAACGAUACAGCAAAACAAUGAAGCUGUAUCCAAGUUGAAGGAAGGCAAGGCAAUUGAAGCCUUCCAUCUGUUAUCCAAGGCUUGCAGAGUUGCACAUACAGCCCAAGACGAUGAGGGUUCCGACUAUCAUCGCACCUACCAGUAUACAUGGCUGGAUUGUUCCAAAGCUCUGGCACAUAAAAUGAAGGGAACGAGAAAAUUUAGCGAUGGAAGCUUACCAUUUCUCUUUCUUCAGUUUCUUUGGAUAGAUCCUCCAGUGGAAUCGAUGAGCGAGGAAGAAGCUUCUGUCCAUGUGCGAGGAUUCAUUUGGGUGCUAUGGUACAAUCUUGCCAUUGUAUCCAUCCUUCUGGGGAGUCCAGUCGGAGCAAGUGGCAAUCGCCUACUGCAACAGUCUCUUGAUCUGUUUCGCUUGGUGCAAAGUGUUGUGGAUCCUCAACCAUUGUCAAAGCAUUGGGUGAUCCUCAAACUGUCCAUUUUGAACAACGAGGCCUGUGUACUCAGCGAACUCUCUCAGUCGAGCCAACGCCUGGACCGGUUGAUCAAAAUGGGGCGAGCACUAAGCAAUAUGUCAGACUUGCUAGAUCCCGAAGAGCGGGAGCAAUUUCUAUGGACGGUCAAGUCGAUGGCGGACGACCGCUUCGCUGCUGCCGCCUAG